UUAUGUCUUCUUCGGUCUCUUCGCGAUCUCCCGGAGAGAAACACAGAGAAAAUCAUGCAAUCUCCUUUAAUUUCCUUUAAUUCGACAAUCCUUCACCAUCUCCUUUCCUUUUUUAUGAAUUUCAACACAAAUCCAGCGAUUCUUUCCGUCCAUGACAUCCACGAACCCAGCAAUUUGUUCCGAAGUAUCAAUGAUUUUUUUGGUGUUGGCAAAUUGCUCUCAAUUACAACCUAAUUUCCGGCGUAUCAAUGAUUCUUUCCUAAUAUUAGGGUUCUUAUUUCUUGACAUAGAAAGAGGUUCGACAUAUAAAUUUUUGAGAUUCGACGUUAAUUGAGAAUAUAAGUUUAGAGAAGAGAAGAAGAGAAAUGGAAAAUCGAGAGUUGGCUUUUUCUGAUAUGAAUCAAUGUUGAGAGCUCUCUGAAUACUGAUGGCUUCAUGACCAUAUGGGCAUCAAGAGCUUGAUAAAGGGAUCCUAAAGUUCAAGUUGAAAUAAUGGAUGCCUAUUCCUACAAACCAUUGCUGAGCUGUGGUUGCCUCUGUGUCUCAGAGGCCAUUUGGUUGGAUAGCGGCAUCGUGAAGCCUCAUACUAUAUUUGCAGAGCACCAAAAUCUAAAGUAAGAGCUCUUAGUUCCAUAUUGUGUUCUAGCAAAAUAUUUAAUACUUUCAACUCACCAUGGAUAUUUUUUAAGAGCUAAAUUAAUGCAAAGAAACAAAUAACCAUCCAACAAAUUAUGAGAAACAUGCAAAGUUUGAAGGUAACUAAUCCCCUGAACCUCCGAAGGCAAUUGCCGAGGCAAUCAAUUUUCAUAAUGAACCAAAAAUUGAAAAUGUAAAGCUCUAUAGAGAUUGGAUGGAACACCUCCAAAAAGCCUAUUGCUUUUUAAAUGAAAACUCUGGUGAACAAGGGUUUUUAAUUUGUUAAAAUUGUUUAAAGCAAUUAGUGUCCCUUCUUACAUAUGAUUUGAAAGCUUAGGUGUUGUAGUUGCUUCUAUAUGAUUUGCUACAUAUGCAUUGCUUCCAUAUUUAAUAAUUCCUUUUCUCUAAACUUCUUCAAAAGUGAACCAUACAAACAUAUUUGCAUACAAAAACUUUGAUUAUAUAUUUAUAUAACAUAUUUUAAAUUAAUCUUCGUUGGAAGAUGUUUGGUAUACAUAUAAGAGUAAUCAAUAAUGCAUUUCUUUUUUUUGUUUUCACAUAAUCUAUUAUGUUUUCUUUUGUUAAGGCCUACAAAAUGAAGGCUCACUCUUUUAGACAAGAGCGUUGAUGAUUAUGUUAUGAAAAAAGCAACACUUCAUGGUUGAGUAAAUGGGUAGUCAUUGGAGUAUUCACGUCCAACUUUGGUGAAACAACAUCUGGAUAAGUGAUUUUGUGAUGGUUGUGUGUGUGUCUGUACAUGCCUUGUGAUAUCUUAUGUGAGCCUUCUUAUAUAUAUUUGCUUGCAAAUACUACUAUUUUUUCUACUACGACUACUUCUUAAGACAAGCUCGGGUAUUGCCAUUGAUGAAGUUGACAAUCUAAAAAGAAAUAUAAGUAUUUAUGUGAUAUUUGUGUGUUUGUGAAUGCUUUCUUUUGCUAUAUGCUGUGCUUAUUUGUUUUUGGGUACUCUCUAUUAUUUGUUUUUUGGUAUUCUCUAUUAUGAGAUGGACAACAACAGCCUCACCUCCCUUCCAGAUGAAAAUGAAGUAAAAGAAGCUGUUUGGUCACUAUCAGCAGACAGUGCUGCUGGACCUGAUGGGUUUAAUGGUCAUUUCUAUAAAACUUGUUGGGAGCAAAUCAAAGUGGAUUGCACAAAAGCUGUUCAGGAGUUUUUCUUGGGGAUCCCUAUCCCCAAAAUAUGUGCCCAGACAACUAUCAUCCUAAUCCCAAAGAAGGAAAACUCUCAAUCCUGUGAGGACUAUAGACCUAUUUGCUUGUCCAAUUUCUGCUGCAAGAUUUUCUCCAAAAUCCUCUCCCAAAGAUUGAGCUCUAUUCUUCCCAGAUUGAUCUCACCUGAUCAAGGGUGGUUUGUAAAAGGAAGGGUGAUCCAUGACCAGACCCUCAUCCAGAACCUACUCCACAGCUCUCACUUCACCAUCCUGAUCAAUGGCCAUCACACUAAAGCAUUCAAACCUAAAAGAGGAUUGAAACAAGGAGACCCUCUCUCCCCUCUACUCUUCAUCCUUGCAUCUGAAGCCUUCAGCAGAACCAUCAAGAAGGAAACUACUUUUGGAGCCCUCUCCCCAUACUAUCUUGGCAGGCACUACACCCCUAUAACCCACCUUGCCUUUGCUGAUGACCUGAUACUCUUCACUAAGGGAGAUUCCCCUACUGUCACUAGCAUCAAAUUAUUACUUUCAGACUAUGAGGACUGCUCUGGAUGGUACCAUAAGCUGCUCAGUCAGAGUGGAAGGUUAACCCUCAUCAAGCAUGUCCUUAACACCAUGCCACUGCAUAUGUUGGGCUGCAGUAAACUUCCUAAGAGCAUCAUCAAAUGUCUCCAUUCCAAAAUGAAUAAUUUUCUUUGGGGCCAUGACAAAGACAACAAAAAGUACCACUGGUCCUCUUGGGAGAAGCUAUGCCUUCCUAAGGAUGAGGGUGGGUUGGGAAUCACUGAUCUCAACACUCUGCAACUAGCCUAUGGUUUCAAAAUGUGGUGGACAUAUACUCAGAACAACUCCCUUUGGGCAAACUUCAUGAGGGCUAGAUACCCUAGGGGACUCUCCAUAGCCCCAAAAAUCGUUGACUCAGUCUACUGGAAAAGGCUUUAUGAGGUCAAUAGUAUGGCAGAUAACCACUUGAGCAUUGACACCCAGGGCAGAAUUCUAUGGCAUAAUGGAGAGGUUGGUUUCAGCUUAAAGAAGGCAAAGAAUUCUUUUAGAGAGAAAUAGCCCAUUCACCCCUUCACCAAACUUUCCUGGAACUCCAAACAAAGCCCUAAACACUCUAUCUUCCUUUGGAAACUGUGCUUUGGCUACCUCCCCCUU